AUGAAGACCCCUCCUGCCGCCGCCGACUCGUGCCUGUACGGGUCUGUGGUGGGCAUGGACAAGCUCUUGGCGCUGGAUCUGCACGACAACCAAGUGGGCGACGGCUCCCCCAAUUCCCCUCCGUCCGAGUGCGACGAGUGCGAGCAGAGGCCAGCGCAAGUGACCUGCGACGACUGCGGCCUCGUGUACUGCACCAAGUGCGACGGCCACAGGCACCGCAAGGGGAAACUGCAAUUGCACCACCGCGUGCAGAUCACGAGGAAGAGAGUCGAAGCUCCAGAACUUGAAAAAGUCGAGGAAGAGGCGGAAAACUGCGUUGCAAACUGGAAAAUCUGCGACGUGUGCGAGUGGCUGGAAGCUCACGACUUGGAGCUGUUCGUGGAGGAAGCGCAGCGUCACAAACUCACUGGAGCAACUUUACUGUCGUCUAAGGAGCUGGAUAAGUUUCUGGAUGCUGCGACGGGGGUGAGUCGCGGCCAUAAGAAGAAGCUGCAGAGGGAAGUGCACAAGCUCCAGAGCUCGUCGGCUCCUGAGGAAAAAAUGACCCCAGUGCCUGCACCUUCGCCACCUAUUCUGCGUACCAGCAACUCUAUGCGGCGUGUUGGACUGGACUUGCGUGUGGAUGUUGAGCCCUUGGUGGCGAAGCCGCCACCGCGGCGCGCGACGAAUUUGCACUCGUUGGGAUUGGGGCCGCUGAAGAUUGACGUGGGGGACAGCGACCGUGGAGCGAUCUCAGCUCCGAAGAGGAGCGCAGGUGCGAGACAAAAUUCAGGUGUACUGGGGCUGGAUAUCGCACAGGUUAAGAAGGAGGAGAAGACCGUGGCGGCGUCUUUUGAUUUCUCCGCGACGGGGAGAUUGCAGACGCAAGGCUUUGAGAUCGAUACGCGCGGCAUCGCUAACGCGCCGUUUGCAAAGUCUCAACAACAACGUGAAGCUGACGCGAAGAAAUCCGAAUCGCCUGCUGAGGCGAUCAGUACGAAGGACUACCUGUUGAUACUGGAGGAGUUGGGUCAUGGAGCGGGUGGGAAGGUCUACAAGGCGCUGUACAUGCCGACAUUCAGACUUGUGGCGGUCAAAGUCAUCCGAGUUUACGACCAGAAGAAGCGCCACCAAAUGGUGCGCGAGCUCAAGUCACUGUACGUGAACUUCGUGCCUCUUGCGACCGCCACCUUUGGCUCCACUUCGGACUCAACAACCCAAGCUGCGUGUGAAGAGCUCGUCGUCUUCUAUGACGCAUACACGAACCCAGAAGUGGGGUCCGUGUCUAUCGUGCUCGAGUACAUGGAUGGCGGAUCACUGGAAGAUUACGUGCAGUCUGCUACCCGGAGUUGCGAGGUGAACGCUGGUUGUCUGUCAGAGAAGGAGAUCGCAAACGUCGCGGCCUGUGCACUCAAAGGCCUGGCCUUCCUGCACGAACACCACCAGCUGCACCGAGACAUCAAACUCAGCAACAUGCUCAUCAACUAUCAAGGACAAGUCAAGAUCUCUGACUUUGGCAUUUCGCGAGAUCUCGAAAGCACUUUGGCAAAGGCAACGACGUUCACGGGCACGCUUUUGUAUAUGGCUCCAGAGAGAAUCAGCGGAGGCAUGUACUCGUACCCGUCCGAUAUCUGGUCGUUCGGUCUCGCUGUAAUGGCCUGUGCCAUCGGAAAACUACCAGUGCCGACGAAGGACGGCUACUGGGGCGUUGUGCAUGCAGUUCAAGAGCAGCCAUCUCCGCGUCUGAAGGACUAUGGAGACCAUUUUCCCCCGGAACUCUGCGACUUCCUGGACCAGUGUCUUCAGAAAAACCCGAUGUAUCGGCCUCCAGCCGCUCGACUGCUCGAGCACCCAUUCAUCAAGAAGAACUACUCGCCACGGGAGCAGGCGAACGUUCGGUUGAGCCGUGAUCGGCAGCCGCUUUCAGCCAAGGCACUCGAUCGCAGCCGUCAAGAAAUGCGAGAGAUUGCAGACAAGGCGCAGAGCUGGUGUCGCGACCACCCUGAGGCGUUACGAAGACUUUCAUCUAUCAGCGAAUCGAGUGGAGCGCAAAAUAUCUCGAGCCAAAGUAAAGUUGAAGCGCUAGCGAAGCAGUUGCGGCUGCCAGUCGAUGAAGUGGCCUCGAACUUCGCGUUCCUCGAGGAAUAUUCUUCUGAAGAACCGUGCCAACCGUCCGAUGUGUUGUGGCUCUGGAGUGGCGCGCUGACGUCUCGCUCCAUCACGUUCAAGUUUGGGUUACGCGAGGGUUACACUUGCGCCGACGCGGACUUCGUGCUGUACGCGUUCCCGGAGCUGCUGCAAGGCGAGAAGCCUCAUUCUGCCAUCGCCUCGUGCUCUGGAGUCGACGGGGGAGAAGCCGGCGACGGGGAGGAGAGGAGCCCCUCGUCCUACGAUAUUCCUAAUGUGAAGGAGUGUAACCUGGAGGAACUCCCACAUAGUGAUAGAAGCUAUCGCUAUGAAUUGACGUUGAUCAAUUCGGGAGAAAUCGUGAGGAGCGGGGGCUUCAAGACGCCAAAAGAAGAGGGACAGCCGUUCAACUAUCGAGUGGCAUUCGCUUCAUGUGCUGAUGAACAGUCCGAUCCAAAGGUGUUUGAAGAGAUCAAGAAGGAGGAAGCGUUGUUCUUCAUGCAUACGGGAGAUCUACACUACCACAACCUGGUGGUGAACAACGUGGCGGCGUUCAGAGAUGGCUACGACUCGAUAUUUGCGUCACCAGCGGGACAAGCGAUGCUGGCGAUGGACGUGCCGUUCGCCUACAUGUGGGACGACCAUGACUUCGGUCCGGACAACAGUGACUCGACUGCUCCCGGACGGAACGCGUCGGUGCAAGCUUAUCAUGAGUUUGUGCCGCAUUACCCACUUGUUGGAGGACGUUCACGAACUAACACAGUGCACCAAGCGUUCACGAUCGGUCGAGUGCGCUACAUCCUGACGGAUCUCAGGUCCGCGAGAACUCCGAACACAGCCUUCGCUGCUCCGACCAAGACGGUUCUCGGAAAGAAGCAGAAAGCGUGGUUCAAGUCUGAACUCGUUCGUGCGACCAAGGACCCCAACAUUCGACUGAUUAUUUGGGUCAACACGAUGCCGUGGCUGGACGACGAGCGCAAGUGGGGGCACUUCGUGCACGAGCAGCAGGAGCUCGUGAACUUUAUCAAGGGCCAUGGCCUCAACAAGUGGGUGCCAAUUGUGAUCGUCAGUGGCGACGCGCACAUGCUGGCAGUGGAUGACGGGACCCACAGCCCCGGUAACCUUACGCUACUUCACGCUGCUGCACUGGGACGACAGGGGUCGAUCAAGGGAGGACCUUACAGCCACGGCGCUUUCCCUGGCCCAGGCCAGUACGGCGUGAUGGAUAUCACGGACGAAGGAGGCAAGGACGGGCGUAUCUGCAUCUACUACCGAGGAAUGAACAUCUACAAGGGCAUGCUGGUCGAGUUCGACACUUGCCACCCGGAGCGCACCCCUCCUGUCACGCCCUACUAUCCUCCGCCGAUCCCUGUGCGCAUAAUGAUGCGUGUUCUGAAGAAGGCGAAGAAAUAUACGAAGACUGCGGCGUUCGUGGUGGUUACUGUGGUCGCUCUUCUCGUCAUUAGAAGCCGACGCCAGCAUGCUGUUCACACCAAGAAACACAGCUAA